GCAUUCCAGCAGUUUCAAACAUGAAUAUUUCUCCUCUGGACAGGGAAGGCAGAGAAGCGUGCUUGGACAGCAGACAGAGGGAUGCUUUGUCCACGUCUUCCCACCUUAAACCUUGCGCACCACUCUACUUUAUAGCGUCCCUCAAUUGCUUAGACCUUCUUCAGUCCUCGCCUGACACAAAUUUGAACCUAGCUUACUUAAGAAAUGCUAUCUCUUCACUGCCGUUUGCUCCUGCUCAUCCUGACUCAACAGUGUCUUACUAGGUUUCUGAUCAAUGGCCAGCAUCUGGCUCGUCGAGGUGAGAAACCAACAGCUGAGAGGCUUCAAUUCUGUCACUGGCCCUGCAAAUGUGGGGAAAUACCUCAGUGUACGCCAGGGGUGAGCUCUGUGCUGGAUGGGUGUGGCUGCUGCAAGAGCUGUGCCAAGCAAAUUGGAGAUGUAUGCAACGAGAGGGACAUCUGUGAUCCGCACAAGGGCAUGUACUGUGACUUUUCAGCUGACCGACCAAGAUUCCAAAUUGGAGUAUGUGCCUACUUCAUGGCAAUUGGAUGUGACCUUAAUGGAGCCAACUAUGAGAACGGGGAAGCUUUCCAGCCUAGUCCACUUUACAAGUGCACAUGUAUCGCAGGCGUCAUUGGCUGUACUCCGGCAUUCUUGCAGAAGCCUGCAGGUCUUUUGGGACCCGCCCCACUCAUGGGAAACCCGCCAGCAAGCAAGAGUUCCAAAAAACAUGCACAGGAUACAAUCUACAUGUCAGCUUACAGGGAUCCUCACUUUGCCUGGAAAAAGAACUGCCUGAUCCAGACCACCACCUGGAGCCCCUGUUCCAAGUCCUGUGGCCUGGGAAUUUCUGUGCGCGUCAGCAAUGAUAACCACAAAUGUGAGAUGACGAAAGAUAUGCGCCUGUGUCUGCUCCGCCCAUGUAAGAAGAAUGUGAUCAACAGCAUUAAGGUGCCGAAAGGAAAAACAUGCCAACGUCAAUUCCAGGCAAAAAAAGGGGAAACGUUCAUACUUUCAGGAUGUACAAGUACCAAGAAGUACAAGCCCACAUACUGUGGCACCUGUAUGGACAAGCGCUGCUGUUCCCCCAACAAGUCACGGAUGAUCAAGGUCAACUUCAGAUGCCCAGGAGGAGCUACGAUAGAGUGGAAGAUGCAGUGGAUAACAUCUUGUGUUUGUCAGAAGAAAUGCAGUUACUCAGGUGACAUGUUUUCAGACUUGCGCUUAAUCUAAUUCAUCCAACCUUCAAGACAGACCCACAGUAUAGGCCGAGCUGUGGUAAAGCAUGCACCGUUGCAUAUUCAUAUUCAUAAUUGCAUUUUGGUUUGUUUGUUUUUACGAAUGAACCUUGUCUUCGGGUUUUGCGGUUUUGGUCAGAAUGUUAAUAAUAAUUUUGGCCUUUUAAAGGAUUUAUUUUAAACAUUCUUUUUCCACAGUGGAAUUAUUACUAUAUUAUAAUUACUGUAAAUUCCGGUGCAUAAGCGGCUACUUUCCUCUCAAACUUUGACCCCUGCGGCUUAUACAGUGGUGCGGCUAAUUUAUGGCUAAAUUCUAAUCGCGUGACAUAUCCUUUACUUCAGAACUACUACUAGUUGUUAAAAUACUGUGCCGCUCGCGAGUCAGUGAGGAAACAGUAGCUCUUUCUUUGGCAGGAGCCAGCCAGAAGCUAUCAGUGCACUCAUAGCAAGCUUGUAAAGCCAUUGGAAAGCCCAGGUCAUUACAUAUAACAGUGUGACUCAUGGUGUCAUCUUUCAAGGAACACUAAACUUAUCACACAGCAACAUAACACUGAAAAGGUAUACCUGAAAAUAUAAAAACAUGUACCAAUACGAGUUUAAAAUGGGGGAAAAACCCCAACUCUUUUCAAAUUUUCCCAUAAUGCAGGGGUCUCAAACUCGUGGGCCAUUUGCGGCCUGCCGAGUCACAUUUUGCGGCCCGCCGACUUGUCUUCAAAGAUUACUGUAAUAGGGCAUGCGACAAGCCAAUGUUACUCGUAGGACGCACACAUAAGCCUACACCGAACUAAGAGUGAGUGAGUCACUUAAAAAAUGUGGUAAAAAAAUUCCACCCAUUUUCUAUACCACUUGUCUUCAUUAGUGUCACAGGUAAGCUGGAGCCUAUCCCAGCUGAAUGCAGCAUAAUAUAAACUGUGAAAUUAUUUAUUUGAUUCACCCUAUUGUUGUAUCAAGAUAUUAUUGUUAUUGUGAGCCAUGUAUUGUGUGUCGUAUCGUGAGGUACCCCGAGAUUCCCAGCCCUACUCCCAAUACUUGAUGCUGCCCAGCCUCACUCAGGCUCUACCUCCAGCAACCCCCAGGUAAAUUGUGUUUGAGACCCCUGCCAUAAUGCAUUACGUCUGAGCAAAGCAUUCAUUGGGGCACUGCAAUGACGUCAGCGUCCCUCUGGGCUCGUCUGAUGGACAGAGGCAGCAUUGCAGCACUAACCAUCCAUUUUCUAUGCUGCUUGUCCUCCAAUGAAAUGCUGUGCUCAAACAAAAUGCAUUAUGGGAAAGCUUUAAAAUGUUUUUUUUUUUCACAUUUUAAACUGUUAUUGGUACAUGUUUGUAUAUUUAUCAGGUAUACCUUUUGAGUGUCGAGUGCUGUGCGAUGAGUUUAGUGUUGCGUCAGAUGACACAGUGAGUCAGCCUGUUAUAUUAAGUAAUGACCUCCUGCAAGUUCCAAUGGGUUGACAAGCUCGUUGUGAGUUUUUACGGAGCUCAUGAUUGGCUCCUGUCAAAUAAACAACUACUUGGUCCUUAUGGACUCGUGCACGCCACAAUAUGCCAUUUUAUGACAUGGACACGUGUGGCUUAUACACUGGUGCAGCUUAUAUAGUUACAAAUCUGUUUUUUUUCCUCUAAAUAUAGUGGGUGCUACUUAUACGCCGGAAUUUGCGGGAUUAACAUACUCAUCUUAAAUUAUUUUUAAAAACAAGAACUGGGUUCACACAUUUGAAUAUUUGGGAUUUUAUUCACACAGGGUCAAAAUGAUACACAGACUUUUUUUAAAUUAGUGCUUCGCAUUGGACUUGGUGACGCAUGGCUUGUAUGCAGCUGCUGGGCCAAUAAUAGUAUAAUUCCACUCUGUAUAAAAAAUGGUUCAAAUAAAUCAUGAAAAGACCAGCAUUCAUAUGACAUCCAUGCCCAUGGCAAAUUAACUCCUGACCACAACUUUCAAAACAUCAAAUAUAAUUAUGACAAGUGGUAGAUUUUAAGAGGUGUGUCCACAUUUUCAAUUGUUUACAAUUCAUAAUGUCUACAGUGUCAAUUCAUGUGUUAUGGUUGCUUCACAAAGAAACAAGCACAGAACAAUGCUAAUGAUCAGCAGUAUUUAUUUUAUUUAGCCAUGUUGAAUCUUGGUAAAUCAGAUAUCAAUUUCCCCGUCUCCACAUUAUGAUACUCAUCAAUCAGAGAGUCGAGGGAGGUGACAGCCUCUGAGAAUAAGCUCAGCUCCAUCCCAUCUACUUGCAGGUAAUGAUGUAAGUGUGCCUAGAAAAGAAAUAAAUGCAUUUGUGAGUCAAAGCUUGCAUUAAAAACGCUUGCAAACUCCGUUUAGUCACAUUUCACCUGUCCACCAGCUUGCAAACAAGGGAUGGAGUCUGUUUCAAGCAGUAGUGCCAGCAGUGUGGAUCUAUCUAUCUAUCAGUCGCAUGAUCUGUUAAGUCCACGACCCUGUUCAAUCGUGAUGGGUGCGUAAGGUUAUGAACAUAUGAUCAGGGUAUGGACAUCGUCAGGGCUCGGUCAGCUGUCAUACACACAUACUGGAAGCAAUGAGAACCGGAGACUCAUAUGGGACGGGAUGACAUGAAAUGAGAUGACUCACACGUACUGGUUUGCCGUCAGGACCAUCAAGGCCUCCUAUGCUGGUCUAAACUAUCAGAAGCGCUGACCUUCAUUUACAACUUAAAUUGUAGUAUUUGUUGCAUGAAAUUGUAUCAAUUUAUUACCAACAGCCUAUUAUCUUCAUUUCGUAGUGUGUUUGGGGGCUGCACUGCUUCUGGUAUGUAUAAAUGUAUGGUAUAUUUGUUUGUCCAAUCAGAUUUCAGCUUCUACGUGCUUCCAUAUCUAAUCUGCUCAGGGUGUUUAGAGUCGCUUGAACUAUA